AAACUGGUUCUAAAAAAUAAUCGCCUGAUAAAGAGAACCAAUCAAUAUGGCUACGAAGCGUGUAUCGGAUGUUCAAAGUUCAUCUGACAUGGCAAGCGACAAGAAGCAGAAGCAAGUUCGAGUGUGGGUGGAUGGCUGUUUUGAUAUGGUUCACUUUGGCCAUGCCAAUGCCAUUCGACAGGCCAAACAGAUGGGAGACUAUCUGAUAGUGGGAGUUCAUUCAGAUGAGGAGAUCUCCAAACACAAAGGCCCGCCUGUCUACAAUGAAAAAGAACGAUACAAGAUGGUGCGCGCAAUCAAGUGGGUGGAUGAGGUGGUAGAGGAUGCACCAUAUGUCACCACAUUAGAAACUUUGGACAAAUACAACUGUGAUUUCUGUGUUCAUGGAGAUGACAUUACGGUGACUGCCGAUGGAACAGACACGUACCACCUGGUCAAGGCAGCAGACAAAUACAAAGAGUGCAAAAGAACAGCAGGUGUGUCUACAACAGACCUCGUAGGAAGGAUGUUGUUGGUGACGAAAUCUCAUCAUGAGCGAGAUGAAGAAAAGUCUGUAGAUAAAACCCAGGCAGGAGACAUUGGAUCUGGUAACACAGCCUCUAGCCCCUGGACUGGGGUGUCGCAGUUUCUGCCAACGUCCAAUAAAAUUAUCCAAUUUUCUUCAGGAAAAGAACCGAAACCAGGGGAUCGAAUCGUUUAUGUCGCGGGAGCAUUUGAUCUUUUCCAUAUAGGACAUUUAGAUUUCCUAGAGAAAGCAAAAGAGCAGGGGGACUUCGUUAUAGUGGGACUACACACUGAUCCGGCUGUGAACCGUUACAAAGGAUCCAACUACCCGAUUAUGAACCUCCACGAGAGAACGCUAAGUGUGCUAGCUUGUCGGUAUGUUUCAGAAGUUGUGAUAGGUGCUCCUUAUGCAGUGACAGCUGAUCUCAUGGACCAUUUUAAGGUUGAUCUGGUCUGCCACGGACAAACUCCCAUCAUGCCUGAUGUAGAUGGAGCUGAUCCCUAUGCUGAACCUAAAAGGACAAACAAGUUCAAGGUUUUGGAUAGCAGAUGUGAGCUGACGACACAAAUGAUUAUCGAGAGAAUCAUCUCUCACAGGUUGCUGUACCAGUCUCGAAACAAGAAGAAACAGGACAAAGAAUUGAAGAUCCUGGCCAUGCUGGAGAGAGAAAACAGUGGAUAAAUUUGAAUUGAAUACAAAUCUGAAGAUGACUUGUGACUUACACACUACAAAGAGUGAGGAUAGAUGCGUUAGUGUCAGCUUCAUUUACUACACUUUUUUUUUUAUUUCCAGUUUGAGCUAUUGAAAUUAGAUGACACAAAUACAGGGACUUUUAGAUGUGGAUAAAACAAGAGAGAACUUUAUGAAAUGUUAGCAAGUUGUGACAUUAGUCGGGACUCUUUUAAUUUUUCUUGAAUAGGAAGUAUGUACAUGUAAUGCUAACUAUUUCUCUCAAUAUUUGUACCAUCUAAAUCCUUGCUGUUCAGACUUGAAUUCAAUGGGCAGCAUAUUGUUGUCGUACUUUUGUCAUCUUGUUUUUUGUCAUACUUAGUUUGUAUCUCUCAAUUGUGAUUAACCCACAAGGAUCAAAUUUAAACUCGGUAGCAACACAUUGCGAACCUGUGGCGGGUUUCUGUAUAUGGUAGUCACUCAUGAUGUGUACUUCUCGACUGUGAUCAACCUUAAUUUAUAUUGUUCUGUAUAUAGUGCUACGUGUAAGUGUUAUUGACUUGUACAGAAUCUGUAUUUCCAUUUCCUCUGUUGUUAUUCAGUUGUUGUUCUUUCUGCAGAAUUAUGCAUAAACCAUCUCUGUCACACAAGUGUUUUCUUUCUUCCUGAUGAGAUUUUGUAUAGAAUUCAAAGUUCAUAAUCAUACUAUGUUCUACAUGUUGCAAAACUGUUGGAUAUUUACCAAGCUAGGAAGUACGGUAUUUAAAGACUAUGCUGUAGGUCCGUGUAUUUAUUCCUAUAUCAUUGUAAGUGUAUUUAUUUAUACAUGUACUGUGUUAGGUUUUAUUUUUUUUCAAAAUGUAAUAUUUUAUGUAUGCUGCUGUGUUAUUUUUAUUCUGCUUUACUAGAAAGUUUGUGAUAUAAGUUUGGUGUGAUCUGUUUCUGAAUCUAUUAGUAAAUUCAUGUUAGUUCAUAAUCAUUAUGAAAUCCAGUUUAUCAUAGAGCUCAUUUUGUAGCUUCAUGUCACAAACACAGAUAUUUGUGAACAAAUUUUUAUAUCUAUGUUGCAUUGGAUUUCAUAUAUUUUCAAGUUCAUUCCCUUAUUUCUUUUAUGGAAAAGUAAUAUGUACUGUAUGCAAGUUAUUUUGCAUAAUACUAAAAUAAAUUUUGUAAACAUAAUAAAA